UCCCUCUCUCAUUGACCUAACCAGCAGUAAAAGCCCGGAUGUCUAACCCCGAGCAGCAGUACACGACGCUUAACAAUGGCCUGAAAAUGCCAACUAUUGGUCUGGGCUGUUGGUCAGGAAACACGCCAGAGGAGCAUGAGAGCGGCUACGCAUGGAUUCUGGGGGCCCUCAAGAAUGGAUACAGGCAUCUCGAUACAGCUCACGACUAUGGCACAGAGGGCGUCGUCGGCAGAGCCGUUAGAGAUUCCGGCAUCCCGCGCGAAGAGAUCUGGGUGACCACCAAGCUGCCACUCCAUCAUCAUGCAAAGGUCUCCGAGUCGUAUCAAGACUCACUCAACAAUGCAGGACUUGACUACUAUGAUCUGUGGCUGAUGCACUGGCCGCAAGCCUUCGCCAACAUCGACGACAAACCCAACCCUCGCCAUCCGGGGCCGAACGGCGAGCCCGACGGCGGCGAGUACAUUGUCGUCGAUAAGCCGACCUUCAACGAGACAUGGGCGGACAUGGAGAAGGUCUACGAAUCCGGCAAGGUCAAGACGAUCGGCGUGAGCAACUUCAGCGUGAAGAACCUGAAGACCCUGCUCGAGACAGCGAAAGUCGUCCCCGCUGUGUGCCAAGUCGAGACGCACCCGCACCAGGCGCAGCCCGAGCUGCUCGCCUUCUGCAAGGAGCACGGCAUCGUGCUCACCGCGUAUUCGCCGUCAGGCUACGCCCAGGUCGCAGGCGACCCGACCAUCGCGCGGCUCGCGGAGAAGUACCAGGUGUCGCCCCCGCAGAUCAGCUUCGCGUGGCACGUCGCGCGCGGGACGACGGCGGUGCCCAAGAGCCGGGACGCGCAACGCCAGCAUGCGAACUUGUGGGAACUGCCAAAGCUGAGCGAUGACGACGUCGCGCUGAUCAAUACGCUGCAUAAGAACGUCCACUACUGCGGAUACCCAGGACCUAAGGAGCGCAAUGGAGAGAAACUGGUGUUCGGGUGGACGUACUCGCAGAUGGGCUGGUGAGCGACGCCAAGAGUAGUUUCGGCUCGUCCUCCGUGUACUUGUAUGAUCGCAAGAGCAAGACAUGCGUUUGUUUCAGUGUAUUCGCGCCGAUAAAUCGAGUUUCUGCCUGUCAAGCCACUAAAUAGGGCGACUCUGAUAGAGUUCUGGACAAGUGCUCGCAAUCAUGUCCACUCUUCUGCCCCGAAAUGCGCAUCCCCGUCCAGGCCCAUCUUUCGCAGCUACCACCAACCCACCACAAGCGCAAUCCGUCAAGUGAAGCUGUAGUUGAUGCCAGAAACAGAGAAAGCGAGUACGCGGGACUGGUCGCUCAAGACAUGCACGUGUAAGCGCUGUAUUGAUGGCUGGUUAUCGCUUCGGAUGAAGGAGCGCUUGGAAGGAGAAGGCGACUUCCUGCGCUACGUCUCGAUCUCGCUGCUUUCCGACCUGGGCAGCGAGCUGCCUGAGGACGAGGUGCUCCCAGAUUGGGUGAUUGCGGAGGAUCCUGCGCUGCACUUCAUACCCAUGGAACUGCACACGAAGAUGAGCCCGGCCUUCUACAGGGGCUACGUAACCGUCGUCGAUGUCAUGGUCCAGAUCCUCCAGCGCGACGUCAUUGCCGGCACAACCUGCGUCCCCACGCCGGACGCCGUCAACGCCCGGCUCCGAGAACUGUGCACGGCCGCGCGAGAGUGCGCCGGCAAGACGUCCGUGUUGUCCACGGACGACGUCGAGGACGUCGAGACGUUCCUGCACGCCGGCGGCAAGGCCGAGUUUGCGCUCGAGGUGCUCACGGACCGUGCGCGUGAGAAGUCGCCAGAGGGGAGCGAGUAUAUGCACCGGCCUGCGCUGCGCGUCGAGGAGGAGGAGUUUGUGGGGCAGGUGGGGGAGAUGCCGGAGUGCGCGAAUGACUUCGACUUCGAGCUCGUGCGAAAGAGCCUCGGGCUGCCGCCACAUUUCAUCGGCCCCCACUGGUUCUUCCUCACCGACAGCGAGUCCGAAGACGACGGUGACGAUGACAACGGAGAAGUCGUGUACACUGGACGGCGUGCAGGCGAAGACGAGAGUGCGGUUAUGAAGCGACGCGAUGCAUGAUAGGAUUUUUCACGGUAGUCUAUUAGAUCUGUCUUUGACAUGCAUCGUUUGGGCCCCC